UUCCCCAACCAAUCACAUACUCAAGCCGUAGUGAGGGCCACAUCUAUAAACAGAGAACGUGUUUAUGUACAUGUGUACUAAAGUAAGACGGGAGUGAAACGCUGUACUUGUUGCCCGGCGCUCCAGACGGUGAAGAAAAGAAGCGGAAAGAUGAAGCUCUUGGCCAUCCUUGCUCUCUGCUCCUUGGCAGUCGUAUGUCUGUCUUCAGAUGCUACCUCCGCUGGCUCCCAGCCUGCCAGUGACAAUCCCGCUCAGGAGGGUGUGUUUGUGGAGAGGGACCAGGCUGCUGCUGUGGUGAGACAGACAAGAGCUGCUGCAGAAUUGUCUUUGGCCCAGCUGGAAAGUCUGAGGGAGGUAUGUGAGGCUGACUUGGGUUGUGAGCACAUGAUGGACACAAGUGGAAUCAUCGCUGCCUACAACGCCUACUAUGGACCGAUCCCCUACUAGACAUUAAGCCACCAUGACCUGUUGCCAUGAGAUGAAUGUCCUUUCAUUGUCAUUGAGUUCAAUGACAGUUGAAAACAAACAUUGUCAGUUUGAUUAUCCAUCUUGUAUAAUUCACAGUGUUGACUCCUCUACAAUUUCUAUCAUUCUGUAGUGUAGUGUGAUAUCAAAUAAAGAUU